AUGGAUGAUGUGGAAAAAUUGAGUUGCAAAGAAGAAAUCUGUGAAAUUAGCGAUGCUGAACAUUCGACAGUAGCGGACUUAUCCACUGAUGACCCAAAGAUAACUGAAGGCAAAGUAAAGAAAAAAAGGAGAAGACGCCGGGAAAUUGAAUUAGUUUUUAUUAAAUCAGAGGAUGAUGAAACUGAAGAUGAAGGUGGACCCAAAAAGAUGUACCGGCGUCAUAGUCCAGGUCCCGGUCCUAUUUCACCAGCUUCUCAUCGUGAACCUCGCACUUGUGUACUAAAAGCAAGUCAAAAACGUCGGCCAUUAUCUCGUCUCUUGGAGCAACUCUUAAGAAACUUAGAAAAAAGAGAUCCAAACCAAUUCUUUGCUUGGCCUGUUAAUGAUAAUUUUGCACCGGGUUAUUCUACUAUUAUUAAAAGACCUAUGGAUUUCUCCACUAUGAAGCAAAAAAUUGAUGACAAUGAAUAUAAAUCUCUUAAUUGUUUCAUUAGUGAUUUCAAACUCAUGUGCAAUAAUGCUAUGAAAUACAACAAACCUGGUACUGUGUAUCAUAAAGCUGCCAAGCGUCUCUUACAUGCGGGCUUAAAACAACUAACCCCCCAAAAACUAAGACCACUCGGAGAUAUAUUGACAUAUAUGUAUGAAAUACCUAUAAGAGAGCUUGGUUUUGACAUUGGAAAAAUGGAUGUGCCGUUAAGGACUUACGGUCGAAAGCACAAGGUACUAAAGAGAAGUAGUCCUAUCAAGAGUGGUGGCUCUGAAGCUGAGGUGGUGUCGGAUGGUGGCCAGGACAGACAGGAUAGUGGGGAUAGUGUCAAGAUACAGAUGGAAGCUGCGAGAGAACAGCACAGACGACGCUUGGCAAAAAAAGCUUUCCCACGAAUGGAUGCAGAAGGCAAAACGACCUUGAACCUAGUGACUCACACAGUAGAUAGCACCAGUGAAGAGAAACCUCUCACCCUUGGACAGUAUAUUGGAAAAUUAACACAAGGGACGGGGACUUUGCAUACGCCUCGAGAGGACCGUAGGAACAUGGCGAAAUGUGUGAAGCCCCUGCACUACGGACCCUUCAGCUCGUACGCGCCCGCCUACGACGGCACAUUCGCCACACUCACUAAGGAUGAAUCCCACCUGAUAUAUCAUACUCUACCAUCAGAAACGGGUCAGGGCAAUGAAGAGAUGCUUCGCUUCGCGCCGGACUCCCCCUGGCAGCACAUCUAUGACAUGGAGGCGCUCUUUCCUGAUAAAAAGAAUCAAGUGGAACAGACCCCACCUAAAGAGGAGAAUGAUUUGAGCAAAGUGAAGAUCGAUAUCGCCCAACUACGGACACUGUCAGAGCUGGGCAUCGACGUGGAGUUCCUCUCGGAGCUGGAGGAGGAGGCGCGCGACUACGGGCUGGGCGCGGCGCUGCGCCACACGCACGCGCUGCUGGCCGAGCUGGAGCGCGAGCAGCGCGCGCGCCUGGCCGCCGCGCCCGCGCACCUGGCGCAGGCCGCGCGCGCCGGUGGCGCCGAGCGCGAGGCCGCGCGCCUGGCCGCCGCCUGGCUGCGCGGCAUGGCGGCGCGCGUGCCGCCCGGCGCUCUCGCGCCGCGCGCCGCGCUGCGCGCCGCCAUGGGCGUGACACUCGCCCAUCUGGACACUCCGCUGCCGCUCGAUGACUUUGAGAUGGAUGUCUCCGAUCCUGAUUCUAGGUCGAGUCAUGAUAAG